CGCUAGCGUCGCCCUCGACAGACCGAAAACAACCCAAGUGUGUGUUGGUGGUCAGUAAAACAGGUACGACGUGAAUUUGAAAACGAAGCACAUUGUGUUGCGUGUGUUGUUGGUGUUAAAGAGGCUGCGAUACACGCGCUGCUCCUGACGUCUUUGAAAACUAGCUAAACUAAAGCUAAGCUAGGCUAGCUGUGAUGCUAACUGUCUAACGUUAACAGGCCCGCUGCAUGCGCAGUCAGGCCGAUGUGCAUGCUAUCAAACACCUCCGCUAAUUAUAAAGACAUUGCUGUUUGACAUCUGAAAACCCUAAACGUGAUAUGAAGGGUGCGUGAAUAUCAGAAUUAAGUGAAGUUAACAAUGCACAAACAGGGCUGUUGUGUAACUUAAAUGAGCGUGACAAUGACAUUGGACCUCGGUAGUUUGCUGUGUUAGCACAUUUUAGCUGCUCCUGUAAUGUUGAUCUACUAAACACAAAUAAUGCAUGUGACAAAACGGAGAGGCGGUUAUCUAUAAAGCAUUGGCAGUAAUGUGCAAAAAGUAUUCGCUUUAGUUUAGUUUAUCUUGAACGUCACUUCCCACUGCAACGACAAAUAGUAUGGGCUGCAGUCAGGGUUAGUACACAAGGAAGUGACUAAAACUAUCAAUUCACUUAUAAAUUAGUUAGAACAUAUCGUCUUUAGUCAGAGCUGAGUAAUAAGGAAAUCAUACCAGAAAGUAUAUGUAAAUAAUGUGUUUGUCUCCUUUUGAUAUCAAUACAUUUAGAAUAUAAAAUAUAUCUAUGCCACUGAUUUGUUUAAGCACAAUGUGCUUGACCCACAGUAUUAAUAACACAAGUAAAAUAGAAAAAAAUAUCAUUAAUAAUACCGCAGACAAAUUAGUCUGAGAUAUUGCUUGCCUGAUGUUAUCAGUACUUGAGAAGAUUGAGAGUCACACUUUGUGUUUGUGUAAAACAAAGUCUCUGUGUUGUGCUCUUAGAUGUAUUGAUUGUGGUUUAUUAUUUUAGUAAGAAGUGGUUAUGUGCAGUAUUCUCUGAGCUCUAUCUGUACAGCUUGUCUCGGUCAAAUAUUUAUUUUAAGAAAAGUAGUCUUUUUUUACAUCUGUCUCUUUCACUCGACGCCUCUUCCACAUCCAUAUUUGUGCUGCAUUUCUUCAUGUCCUUGUGUGCUCUCUUUCUCUUCCUCCCUCGCUCUCCUCUCUCAUGUUUCCUCUCGCUCUUCCACUCUACAGCAGCCGUGCCACGCCGCGCCCCCACCCCCAGCGGAGCCGUCAUGUGGCAAGAGGCCCGCAAACAUGAGCGCAAGCUCCGUGGCAUGAUGGUAGAUUACAAACGCCGUGGAGAGCGACGGCGGGAGUACUACGAGAAGAUAAAAAAAGAUCCAGCGCAGUUUCUGCAGGUUCAUGGCCGAGCCUACAAGAUCCACCUGGAUCCUGCUGUGGCGAUGGCUGCAGAGAGCCCCAUCAACAUGAUGCCGUGGCAGGGAGACGCCAACAACAUGAUUGACAGGUUUGAUGUGAGGGCUCACCUGGACUACAUCCCCACCUACACGCCUCCGCUGCUCAGCACAUCAACAACAGAGCAGGAGAUGGAGGAGAGAAAGUGCAAUUAUGAGCGAUACAGAGGCCUGGUGCAGAAUGACUUUGCAAACAUCUCUGAGGAGCAGUGUUUGUACCAGAUCUACCUGGAUGAGCUCUACGGUGGCCUGCAGAAACCAAAUGAGGACGAGAAGAAAAAACUGGCUGAAAAGAAGGCCUCUAUUGGUUACACCUAUGAAGACAGCACCGUGGCGGAGCCAGACCCCGAGUCAGACAAAGAUGAAGACAAUUCAGAGAGCGAAUCCGAAGAGGAUGAAGGCAUCCCAGAUAUCGAUGUGGAGGUUGAUGUUGAUGAGUUGAAUCAGGAACAGGAGUUGGACCUAAACAAAAUUGCAACCCCAUAUGGAAUGGCUGAAGGAGACUUUGUUAGGAUGUUGAGGAAAGAUAAGGAGGAAGUGGAGGCCAUCAAACACGCCAAGGCGCUGGAGGCUGAGAAGGCCAUGUACUCUGGCCGGCGUUCUCGCAGACAACGGAGAGAGUUCAGAGAGAAGAGACUAAAAGGGAGACAGAUCAGCCCACCAAGCUAUGCAAGGAGAGACAGCCCAACAUACGACCCCUAUAAACGGCCAGAGUCAGAGUCUAGCUCUGAGUCGCGGUCACGCUCUCGUUCUCCUGGUCCAGAGAAGAUCACCUUCAUCACCAGCUACGGAGGCAGCGACGAUGAAGCAGUAGCCGCAGCAGCAGCGGCAGCAGCGGCAGCAGCGGCAGCCGCCACCGCCGCCGCCGCAACAGCAGCAGCAGCAGCAGCCGCCGCCGCAGCAGCAACAAAAACAAGUGCCCCUCACUCUGGACACGUCCCCUCCAACUUGCAACACCCUGCAGGUCAUAGCAGGGGCUCCCGGAGACGAAGGUCCUCCUCCAGUCGCUCCCCUUCCUCCUCCUCCUGCUCUUCAUCUCAGUCCACCUCUCGCUCGUCCUCCCGCUCGCGGCGUACCCGGCGCGGACGCGGGGGAAGGGAGGGGCGCCGAUCCCGGACCCGAUCGCGGUCGAGACGGCGUUCCAGAUCUCACUCCCGGGGUAGAGGAGGGAACGGAGGGGCCGCAUCCUGGAGGAGACGGGACCGGACACGAUCGCGGUCCACCGACAGAGACCGAGAGCGAGAGAGAGACCGAGACCGAGACCGGGACAGGGAUCGAGACAGGAGACGAUUCUCAGCACGCAGACGGACGAGGUCCCGUUCCAGCUCACGGCAGGGGGGCAGUUCGAGGCGAGGGGGUCGGAACAGUGGAGGCCACCGGAGGGGAGACAGCGGCAGCCGCAGUCCCUCUCUGUCCCCCAGUCGCCUCAACCUCAGCCCCUCCCCUCACAGAGGAGACCUGCCUUCUACCAACACCGUCCGUGACAAGCUAAGAAAGCCUGAUACUCCGGGUGGUAAAGAGACGGGAGCUGCCAAACCCAAGAUAACUCCUCAGGAGCGGCUGAAGCUACGAAUGCAGAAGGCCCUCAACAAGCAGUCCAAGGCGGAUAAAAGAGCGGCUCAGGUGAAGAUCCAGCAGCAGGAAAACAAACGACAGGAGCGGGAGGGAGAGCUACGAGCCAUGGCACGCAAGAUACGCAUGAAGGAGCGGGAGAGACGUGAGAAAGAGAGGGAUGAAUGGGAAAGACAGUACGGGCGACAGAGCCACUCGCCUUCUCCUUCUCCUUCCAAAUAUGGCCGAGAGCACAACUCACACAGAAGGAGGUCACGCUCCCGGUCACGGAGUCCACACUACCGACACUGAGCUGUGGAAAACAUGGACGCGUCGUACAAAACAAAACCUUGUCAUGAGCACACAUUCUGUCAAACAAGCAGCCUAUUACAAUAUGAAGCGAUGGACUGAACACUAUGUUCUCUGGUAUGUGUCCACAGAAUAUUACAUUUUGACUGUGAUGCCUUUAGUUUCACUAACUACACAGCCAAUUGUUUGAGCCAAGCAUAGUUUGAUCUGCCCUUUUCAUUUGUGCUUCAUCGUGUAAAGAGACUACAGGUUUGUUAAAUGAGUUUCUGGUUUCUUAUUCUGCAUGCUCCUUUUUUCCUUUUUCUGCCUGACCGGCCCUUCUCUAUUUCAGAGUACAUAAUACGAAGCAAUAUCUCACCUUUUAUCUCUCACUAAAGACCAUUUUAAACAGGUUUCAUGAGAUAUUUAUACACAUCCAUUUCAAACGUCUUUAUUAAAGAACAUGAAGUCAAUGUAUGAAUUCAGUCUAUCAACCCCUCUUUUUGUACUCUGUCCUCUGCCAACCGGUUAACAGCAGCAAAUAACUCUUUUGUUUUCAAUAAUAUCGAAUGUCAAAUACAGAACAACAAAUAAAAUGAACUUUGAAAUGAU